AUGCCAUUAGAAAGCAAUGCAAUUUCCGUGUCUGCUGUUACCAGCGGCGGGGAGCGGAGGCGGGAGACGCCGGGAUCGGCCGCCGCCGGAGGGCUGGGCAGGGGGGAACGGCUUUUUCGCCAGCCCCCCCUCCCCCCCCCAGCGUGUUUUGGAAGGAAGCCGAAGGCGAGGAUGGACGGCUCGAGCGAGACCGCCCCGGAGGAGCCGAGCCAGGGGAGAGCAGACGCCAGCGGCGCGGCGCGGGGGGCGUCCCGGGACGCGCAGACGCCUCGGGAGGCAGCGGGCCUGGCGGCAGCGGUGGGGACGAGCGAGGAGGAGGCCGGUGCGCCGCGGGACGCCGGCCCGGGCAGCGCUGUGUGGACGGCCGCCCCGGGCCGGCUCUGGCAGGAGGCCGAGGCGGCGGGCGCGGGGCCGCUGCGCCUGCGCCGGGUGCUGGGCUACAACAGCGAGGUGGCCGUGCACAGCCUGGGCGCCGGCGCGGCCCCCGUGCUCCUCUACGCCGCCUCCCACGCCCUCGUCCUCCACGACGCCGCGGGGAACCGGCAGCGCCUGCUGCAGGGUCACCGCAACGUCAUUUCGUGCCUGUGCGUGAGCGAGGACAAGCGCUGGGUGGCCACCGCCGACCGGGGGCCCGACGCCCUCGUCAUCGUCUGGGAUUCCUUCUCCGGGAUCCCCGUGCACACCAUCUUCGACAGCCACCCGGCCGACGGGGUCGCAGCCAUCGCCAUCUCGCGCGACGCAAAGUAUCUGGCAACCAUUAGCACUGGCACAGUCCAGAGAGUUUGUGUUUGGAAGUGGACCUACCCCACGGAGACGCCCGUGUGCAGCGUGGAGCUGCAGCCCGAGUUCGGCUGCCAGGAUUAUGUCGUUUUUAACCCCCAAAAUCCCUACGAGUUUGUCAGCAACAGUAAAACCCAGGUGAUAUUUUACCUCUGGAGCGACACCGGCUUGCGGUACGGCGCGCCGCCCUUGACCGACGGGACCUUCAGCAAAGCGGUGGGGCACUUCAGCCAGUCCGUUUUUCAUUUUAACAACUCGCAAGCCCUGACCGGCACCUCGGCCGGGAAGCUGGUGCUGUGGGACGUGGUCUGCCCUCGCCCCCCGCCCCGGGAACCGCCGGUGAAGCCGCACACCAUGAAAGCCAUCAAGCUGAUGCCCAUGCAGAAGGACGGCUUUACCGUGCUCACCGUGCUGGAGAGCUAUUUCGUAGCCUGCGACGUCAAAGGCAACGUUAAAUUCUACGACGGGCAGCUGCAGCUUCUGAACUGGUACAGCCACCUCCGAGUGGGCCCCAUCCGCUCCAUCUCCUUCUCCAAAUCCCCUCCCAGCCCCUCUGCGGACUACGCCAGGUCCUGCACCAUCGGCGGCCAGCCCUUCGUCGUCAGGAACUUUAUCCUUUCAACUGCUGAUGCAACAGUGUUCCAUGUUGCAACAGACGGGACAAAAUAUGAAAAAGUCAUGGAGGAGGCCAAGAGAGCUGUGAACGCCAUCGCGUGUCACCCCAGCCAAGCGCUCCUUGCCGUAGGGAGUCACUGCGGGCUGCUGAAGGUGUGGGACUACGAGCAGACUAAGUACCUUGUUAGCAGGAUAUUCGUUGGAGCCAGCAUCCAGUGCCUGUCCUACAGCCCUGAAGGUUCUCUCCUGGCGGCUGGCUUCACUGAUGGAAGCGUUUACAUCCUCGAUGCUAUUUCUCUCUGGUCCAGCUGCAAGGAGUUCAAGUUCUCGCGAGGCCCUGUGACUCAUAUUGCCUUCUCGCACAACUCUGAGUACCUUGCAACCGCUGACGAGAAACUCUCGGUGACGGUUUACAGACGAGUUCUGCGAAAUGGGCAGAGAUGCUGGGAACACCUGGCGGGGCUGCACUCCCACUACAAGCCCAUCCGGAGCAUCCUCUUUGGGGUGCAGCUAGACAGCGACGAGCCCAGGCUCUUAAGCCUUGGGGAGGACAGGCAGCUGGUUGAAUAUGACCUAAACAGCAGCAGCAAGGACCACCUGGUGGUCUUGCACCGGGACCGGAUAGAGCAGGCAGCGGUGCCGCUGUGCUUGGCCUGGUAUCCGCAGCUCAGCACGGAGUCCUUCAUCCUCACUGCCAACAGCUGCUACAAGAUGAAGCUCUACAACACCACGACCAAAAUGUGCAGAAAGACCCUUUUGGGACCAACCUAUGGCUCCCCUCUGGAGAAGAUGCAAAUCCUCCCAACAACAAACCCGACGGACCCCCAGAAACACUAUCUGGCUUACAUUACAAAGGACAAGGUCGGCGUGCAGAUUUUGCCCAUCGACGGCAACCCCCACAAGUCCUUCGCUUUCAUCUGCCACCCAGGCGGCGUGGCCGACCUCGCCAGCUCCUACGACGGACGCUACGUCUUCACGGCGGGGGGGCACGACUGCACCGUGCUGAAGUGGGAGGUUAACCUGCCGGCCUUGGAGGCCGCCGUUCCCCUGGGCGGCGAGGACUUGGUGCCCUUCUACAGCCUGCUCGACGGCGGCAGAGACGGCGAGUUCUUCAGGGAACUGGAAGACUAUUUUUACUACGCGCAGCUGCGCAGCCACGGUAUGGACACAAUGGAGACCAGACAGGUGUCAACACACAUUCCCUUGGAGGAAAUUCCUUUUGUAAUGAGAGCAAUGGGAUUUUAUCCGUCAGAGGAAAAGAUUGAAGAAAUGAUAAAUGAAGUAAAAUUCAGCGAGUAUGUGGAUACUGGAAAACAAGUGACAAAAAUCAAUUUAGGGGAUUUCAUCAAACUUUAUGUAAAUCAUCGACCUGCAUUUGGCUUGUCAAUGAAAAAAAUACGGAGAGCGUUUCAGGUCCUUGGUUAUGAUAAUGAGAAUGGAGAAAAAGUUAUUGACAGAGGAGACUUACUGUUGCUGCUUCAGUGCAGAGGAGAGCAUAUGACAGAGGAAGAACUGGCAAUAUGUCUGACUACCUUGCUGGGCAUGAAUCCAGAGGGAGGAAUAUCUGAAUUAGGCACCUGCGAUACCUCAGGUGCAGCAGCUUUACUGGAAGAAAUUCCAGAUGAAAUCACAGCAGAGAUAUUCACUGCUGACAUUCUUGGCUUACCUGUUCCUGAACCAGAAAAAAACAAGACAGAAAAAAGAGAUGAAUCUUUGAUCCACGAAGGCUCAGAAUCAUAGCUACUACAAAGUGUUUUCACUUGGUCCUACUUCACAAUCUCCUCAAGUAUCUUUGUGUUUUUUGUGUUUAUUAAAAAAUAAAGGCAAUAUAAUUUUAGACUGAUCUAAC